AAUUUGAAAUUAGUUUCUUUAAACGUAAGGGGCAUUAGCAACUUUACUAAACGUCGUACAAUUUAUACAUGGUGUCGUAAACAGAAGGCUGAUUUUGUAUUUUUGCAAGAAACGCAUUCAAAGAAGGAGACAGAGGUGCAGUGGAAAAAUGAAUGGGGUGGCGAAAUACUUUUCUCACAUGGAAGCCCCAAUUCAUGCGGUACUGCAAUAUUGAUCAGAAACAAUACCAAUUAUUCAGUUCUAUCGACAACUCGAGAUCCCCUGGGUCGUUUUAUUAUACUAAAAAUCCAAAUCGAUGACAAAGUAUAUGUUCUUGUAAAUAUCUAUGCACCGAACAAAGAUAAGGAUCUAAUUCAGUUUUUUAGAAAAUUACAUGGCCUGCUUCAAAUGGAAGACUUAGACUCAGAGGAAAACAUUAUAUUAGGGGUGAUUUCAAUUGUCCGUUAA